AUGCGUGGAGGCAUUCAAAGAGCCGCAAGAACAGUGGUAACGGAUCAAAUCCGUGCUACAGUAAUUGACCAUGUGAUUAACCAUGGUCUGUCACUGAGACAGGCAGGUGAAAGGGUGCAGCCCAACUUGCCACGAUCAACAAUCGCCAGCAUUGUUCGCACAUUUCAUCGAACCAACAGGGUGCAACGUCUUCCUCGCUCUGGGGGAAGAGGAAGGCUCCUCAACAAUGAGCAAGAGCUGGCCAUCGUGGAAAUGGUUGUGGCCAACAAUGCAAUGAAGUUACGUGAAAUUCAGGCCAGAAUUGUUCAAGACCAGGAGAUGUUUCAAAACAUCAACAGUAUCAGCCUGACCACCAUAACACGCACUCUGGAUAAACACAGAGUGCGCAUGAAGCAGCUCUACACUGUACCCUUCGAUAGAAAUAGUGACAGAGUGAAGGAGCUGCGAAGGCAGUAUGUGCAGAGAGUAAUGGAGUUGGAGGCCAACCAGGUUCCUCAUGCCUUUAUUUACGUCGACGAGGCCGGCUUCAACUUGGCAAAAAGGCGUCGCCGUGGAAGGAAUGUCAUUGGGCAAAGGGCUACAGUGGAUGCACCAGGGCAGAGGGGGGCCAACAUCACUAUGUGUGCAGCCAUUGGACAUACAGGUCUGCUUCUGCACAAGUGUCAGGUGGGGCCUUACAACACAGAGCGCCUCCUUGCAUUUCUCGAUGACCUGUACCUGCACCUGGUUCCACAAGAGGAUGAUGAGGGUGACAGGACCUUCGUCAUCACUUGGGACAAUGUGGCUUUUCACCAUUCACAGGCGGUGACAGCUUGGUUCAGGGACCACCCAAUACUGGUGCGCCUCUUCCUUCCACCAUAUUCGCCCUUCCUAAACCCAAUAGAAGAUUUUUUUUCAGCAUGGAGAUGGAAGGUAUAUGACCACCGGCCCCAUGAUCGAAUGACCCUGUUAGAUGCCAUGGAUGCUGGCUGUAGGGACAUUGCAGCCGAAGACUGUCAAGGCUGGAUCCGGCACUCAAAACGUUUUUUCCCCAGGUGCAUUGCCUUGGAGGACAUAAGAUGCGAUGUGGAUGAAAACAUGUGGCCAAACCCAGAUGACCGUAGAGAUUAG